AUGUUUCUCAUGAAUUGGUUCUAUGGCAUAUUAACCUCUCUUGGAUUAAAGCAAAAGGAGGCAAAACUCUUGUUUUUGGGCCUCGAUAAUGCUGGCAAAACCACUUUACUUUAUAUGUUGAGUAAUGAGAUGCUGGUUCAACAUCAACCAACACAGUAUCCAACAUCAGAGGAACUAAGUAUUGGGAAUAUAAAGUUCAAGGCAUUUGAUUUAGGUGGCCAUCAAAUUGCUAGAAGAGUCUGGAAGGACUAUUAUGCUCAGGUUGAUGCUGUGGUUUAUCUUGUUGAUGCUUCUGAGAAAGAGAGAUUCAUGGAAUCAAAGAAGGAACUAGACGCCCUUCUCUUAGACGAGUCUUUAGCAAAUGUCCCGUUUCUUGUUUUAGGGAACAAGAUCGACAUACCCUACGCAGCUUCUGAGGACGAGCUACGUUAUUACUUGGGCAUAACCGGCCUCACCACGGGCAAGGGUAAGGUCAAUCUUGCUGAAACCAAUAUUCGUCCCCUCGAGUUAUUCAUGUGCAGCAUCGUGCGCAAGAUGGGAUAUGGCGAGGGAUUCAGAUGGCUAUCUCAGUACAUCAAGUAGCAGUCCUUAAAGAUUUGAAGGAUCGAUGGCACCAAUAAUUUGAAGGAUUUUAGAAGAGGUUUGUGCUGGUAAUAGUUUUGUUGGGCCGUAGGUUUUAAUUGUUAGUGUUUUGGCAUCGAGGUAGGUUAAGAGUAUGAUGGCAAAGCUUAAACUUUAGUUUAGGCUGGUAAAACAUACUUUUUAUCCCCAUAUUUUGUGAA